AUGCUGGUGACCCCCCUCCCCUCCCCCCAGAUCAUCUACACCCUGCGCUGCCCCAAGGAUGUCCUGGUCUCGCUGUACCACUUCUCCAAGCUUCUGUGCCUCUUCAAGGACCCUGGUUCACUGGACUCCUUCCUCGAGGACUUCCUGAGUGGGAACGUGAUCUACAGCUCCUGGUUUGACCACGUCACCGGCUGGAUGGGGCUGACGGGCAACGAGAACUUCUUCUCCAUCACCUACGAGGAGCUGCAGCAGGAUCUGCGGGGCAGCGUGCGGAGAAUCUGCCACUUCCUGGGGAAGGAGCUGAGUGAGGAGCAAGUGGCCGCGGUGGUGGAGAACGCCUCCUUCCAGAGCAUGAAGGGGAACAGAAUGUCCAACUACUCGCAGCUGAGUGACGAGUACAUGGACCACCAGAACGGGGAGUUCCUGAGGAAAGGGAUCUGCGGUGACUGGAGGAACCAUCUCUCGGAGGCACAGAGCCAACGAUUCAACACCGUUUACCGGGAGCGGAUGCAGGGUCUGGGCAUGACCUUCCCCUGGGACUGACGGCCCCGCGCCCGCCACAUCUGCACCCGCAAUACACCGGCCCUGUGCCACCCACGUGCUGCUGCUCUUCCUGUGCCCUGGGAGAUGCCCCCUGGGGCAGCGUCACUAGAGCAUCAGCAGUAGGCAGAGCUGGGCUGGGGCAUGUGUCCAGGCGAGGUCAGUGAGCGCGUGCACACACAGGGCACGGCUCAGCUGAGGUGUAUUUAAAAUCUGUCCAUUGCAGGGUGUUCCUGGUCCUGCUUGCAGGCAGGGGGCUCUGCAGGGAAAUGUGAAAUUCUGCACAGAGCCAGCCCAGAGCUCGGCGCGGGAGAUGGGCCUCUGUGCAGGGAGCAGCCUGCUCUGUCUCUCUGGAGUUUGGGUUUCUGUGCCUCAGGGCUCUGGAUUCUAAGAAAUAAA